AUGGCGCACGAAACCGCGCACUACCAGGAAUUUCCCGCCCAUGAGAACGAUCCUCUCCUGGGACACCGGGGACCUGGCCCCAAACCUUCCCCCCUGAGCCAACUGCGCCGCCAUCUCCGCACCGAAGUCGACCCGCACCGAGCAGACCUUCUCCUCAUUUUCUGCUACGUCAUCACGGGUCUCCUGGACAGUUCUGCCGUGUUUAUCUGGGGCUCCUUUGUGAGCAUGCAGACCGGCAACACAGUAUACUUUGGACUAGGGCUGGCCGGGGUGGAUGAGAGUCAACGGUGGCUUAAAUCGCUCAUCUCGAUCGGCAGUUUCUGCAUCGGCUCCUUUUUCUUCGCCGUGUUACACCGCCUGUUUCACACACCGCGCCAACGGUCCGCCCUGACUCUGUCCUUCUCCCUGCAAAUGAUUUGUGUUGCUGUCGCUGCGAGUAUUGUCACCAUGCAGCACACCGGCAAGACCGAUCCUCUGACGUGGAAAAUUGGUGUGCCGUUGGCGUUGGUCGCGUUCCAGAGUAGUGGCCAGGCUGUGUCGAGUCGCGUGUUGAAGUGUAGUAGUUUGACGAGUGUUGUCCUUACUAGUAUCUAUUGUGAUUUGUUCUCGUCACCGGCACUGACCUCUUGCAGUGUGCUUAAGGCGCCUGAUGAGUGGAGGCGGUUGGGGGCUGUGGUGGGGAUGUUGAUUGGAAUUGUGGCGGGUGGCUUGUGGGCGAGGAGUGAGGUUGGAUUAUCGGGCGCACUUUGGACUGCUGUAGUGUUGAAGGGGAUGAUUGCAGCUGCAUGGAUGUUGUGGAAGACGAAGGAGGUUGAUGAUGAGUGGGCUGCUUGA